GGGCGCCGGCCGCGAUGCUGGCGGAGGGCGCGGCGGAGGAGUUCGAGGGGAAGGACGAGGAGCCGUGGUACGACCCCCGGGACCUCCAGCGAGAUCUCCAACUUGCUGCUGAGCUUGGGAAGACAUUGCUGGAUCGGAACACAGAAUUGGAGAAUUCUCUUCAGCAGAUGUACACAACCAAUCAGGAGCAGUUACAGGAAAUUGAGUAUCUGACCAAGCAAGUGGAUCUUCUCCGACAGAUGAAUGAACAGCAUGCAAAAGUUUAUGAGCAAUUAGAUGUCACAGCAAGAGAACUGGAAGAAACAAAUCAAAAGCUAGUUGUUGAAAGCAAGGCUUCACAGCAAAAAAUUCUGAGUCUGACCGAAACAAUCGAAUGCCUACAAACCAACGUUGAUCACCUCCAGAGCCAAGUGGAGGAGCUGAAGUCAUCUAGCCAAGGGAGAAGGAGCCAGGGGAAGUGUGAACAGGAGAAAUCGGCGCCCAGCUUCUCCUGUCCGAAAGAGCUGUAUGACCUCCGCCAACACUUUGUGUAUGAUCAUGUGUUUGCAGAGAAGAUUACUUCCUUGCACAGUCAACAAAGCCCUGAUGAAGAAGAAAAUGAGCAUUUGAAGAAGACAGUGACAAUGUUGCAGGCCCAGCUGAAACUGGAGCGGGAGAAGCGGGUGAAUGUGGAGGAAGAGUAUGGUCUUGUGCUGAGGGAGAACAGCGAACUGGAACAGCAGCUCGGCGCCUCGGACGCCUACCGAGCCCGGGCGCUGGAAUUAGAGGCAGAGGUGGCAGAGCUGCGGCAGGUACUGCAGUCAGAACACCCUUUUGUGAAUGGGGUUGAGAAGCUGGUGCCAGACUCUCUGUUUGUCCCUUUCAAAGAGCCCGGCCAGAGCCUGCUGGAGGAGCUAUUUCUGCCUAUGCCCGAAGUACAUAGAAAGCCUCUCAAGCGCAGCAGUAGUGAGACGGUGCUGAGCAGCUUGGCAGGGGGCGACAUCGUGAAGGGCCACGAGGAGACCUGCAUCCGCAGGGCCAAGGCUGUGAAGCAGAGGGGCAUCUCCCUUUUGCAUGAAGUGGACACUCAAUACAGCGCCCUGAAGGUGAAGUAUGAAGAGCUGCUGAGGAAGUGCCAGAAGGAAGAGGACUCCCUGUCCCACAAGGCUGUGCAGACCUCCAGGGUGUCUGCCAAAGACCUGGCUGGGGCAAACACCCAGCCUGAACCUGGUGCCGGCAGCUGGGAACCAGCCCCUGUCACCCCAGAGUCCAUCGGUUCCCCUACUGCCACAUCACCUCCUGAAUACAAAGCGCUUUUUCAGGAGAUCUUUAGUUGUAUUAAGAAAACUAAGCAGGAAAUAGAUGAACAGAGAACAAAAUACCCAUCUCUCUCCUCUUAUUCCUAACUGAACUUCCAGCUCUGCUACUACCGUCCUUCUUUCCUGUCACCUCAAGUGUUCGUAGAUCCCAGAGCCUGACGUUGCUCAUGACAUUGCCUCAUUAUCUUGCUUAUGUAGCAAAUGCGUACAGCCAGGGAAGAACAACUGAUGUCAGUUCCCUAUAAUCCAGUUCCUUCUAAGCACCUCAGGAAAUAGACAAACUGGCCUCUGGCUGGCGCACUGAGGAGACUGAUUCCUUGAAAAGCCCCAGAAGCAGUGGAGGGAAGACCUAAGCCCCCGGAGAAGCAGGCCUGGAGUUAUCAUGGUAUAUAGUAUUACACGUAAGGUGUACGUGUGUAGGGGGACAGGACAGAGCUGAGACGAAGCUAAGGCCAUUCCUACUGCCUCUUUGCUUAACUUCUCAAAACUAUACAAAAAUCAGACUACUGCCAAACUGAAAUAUCUUUCGCAAACACUGUUGGAUACUGUGAAUUCAUUAUGAAGAAUGUUCAGGAGAAAGCAGGGGUCUAAUCCAAAAUAGAUGGGAUUAGCAAAAACUCCAGGCCUUUGGGUUUUACAUCUGCUACCAGUUGAUCUGUGACUGAGAGUAACCCUAGUACUUUGGCAAGCACUGGUUCGACCAAAGGUACCAUGUUCGCCUAUGCCCUAGAGGUCCUCCACCCCCACAUUCUGAGGUUUUUAUUUAGAACUACGGUGGCUAGGAAGGGCAUAUAUAUAAAUCAUUCCUUUCUUAAAUUCAAGCUAAAGGACAAGAUAAGACCCUUGGCUCCUGCUGUGCUGUCUGAGAUGAUUAGCCCAUCAACCACAAGCUGUUCUUGCUCGGCUCCUAUCAUUCUGUAAAUGUUUUUGACUUGCUGCAGAAAUUCCUCUCUGCUGCUUUAUUACAGUAUUGAUGUUCUGACUCUGGAAAUAUACUUGUCCAUUCACUUGCAUACUUUUAAUUUAAAACUAUUUAAGAGAACUGAGGUUCCAGUUAUUGUAUAUAUUUUUCUAAAAACCAAAUAAAACUACCUAUGAAAAUGAACAAAUGGAUUUAGUGCUUGUUAUUUUAAGCUUAAGUCAUUUCACUAUUGUAACCAACUACCCACAUUUCCAACAAAUAACUAGGAAAAUUUGAUUGUUG